AUGGAAAUGGUCAAAUUCGAGGACGAGUGCUCUCUGGCUCCUCUAUAUAACGCCGCAACUUGGCCUGGCUUCUACUCUUCUUUCCUUCCUCCUCAUCACUUCACAUCUCAGACUCUGCCUCUGUGCCAACAGCCCCUUUUCUCUUCCGAGCCUUGUCUCUGCGCUUCGAGCUUCAUUUCGAGUCACACCAGUAGCCUUGGCUACUCAGAUAACUUCACACACAACUUCCUCCCGAGUCCACCGCCAUCAAGUAUUUCAAGCGAUUAUAGCUGCCCAGACUGCUUUUUACACCACCCACCCCCGAAUCUGCCUCCGCCCAUCUUCCCCUCCCCCAACAUCUACCGUAGUCUUUACCAAGACCAGCUCGCUCCCAUCAAGGCCGAGCCUUUACCCUUUUCUACACACAACUACCUCUCGCGUCUGCCGCCUCCAAGCCUCCCUUCAAGCAACAGCUGCGCCUGCUGCGCCUCCGACUCCCCCACCAACACACAGUUGCCAUCUCCCCCCCUCUCCUCCUCCUCCCACCAAGGCGCAAUGUCUUCCUCCCCCGUCUCCACCAGUAGCAAGUCUCCUGCUGCUGUAGCGGGUGGCUCGGUGGCCGGCCUCAGCAGAGUCUCGCCGGCUCAGGCCCGGGACCAGAAGAUCCGCGCGGUACUCGAUGAGUACGAGGUCACCUCCCCCUCCCUCAUCCAAAGGCUCAUGCCGCUGCCCGUGGGACGAGAGGAGAAGCGAAACUUCGUUCGCCUCCUCCGCCUCCAUGGCGUCUCCUACGCCGACAUCAAGAACCUCGGGGAGCUGAGCACCUCGCUGAGCACCCUCCGCGGCUGGGACCGCAUGAAGAAGCCCCCCUCAGCUCGUCCUCGCACCCCGCGCUGGACCACCAGAGACAUCGGCAUCAUGUACCAUGCCGUGAACACGGUGCUCGGGACGAUGGACAUUGGGGCCCCUGGCUUCUGGCGUCGUGUGGAGGAGGAGAUGCCCAAGCUCAACGCGACGCAUCGCUUCUCUGCCCAGGCCAUCGCGGCCAAGUACGACAACCGAAGUCGGGGUGACAUCGCCCGGCAGAGGGUGAACACCAGGGCCCAGUAA